CUACAAACGCGAAAAACUUUAUUCAGCAAAGAGACAUGUUUAGCCCAGAAGACAAUCUGCUAUCAUCAGUAAUAUCUUUACAGAAAUGCAAUCAAGCUACACAACUACUCGCUAUUAGCGUUCUGAAUAGGUUUAUCAAGCCUGUGAACUGCAAAAUGUUGGCACAAACCAGUUACAUGCGCUCUAAUCGGCGAUUAUUAAUUAAUUCAAGUGUGUAAAGUGCACAAUAAGUGUGCUUGUAUGAAUAUAAUCGCAUAUUUGGGAAUCGUUUUACACAGUACUAGUGUAGACUGGGUUGCUAGCCGCGGCUAGUUAGAGCUGCUAGCUGCAUACUCACCUAAAUAGUUCUCUCUGUGUUUAUCCACCUUCACAUCGUCCCAGUUGAACUGGUCCUGACCCCCCCCUCACCCCUCCAGAUCUCGAUGAGCCAAACAUGACUUCUGCUGAACACACUGAAAGAUGUUUUACACACAUGUGCAGCACAACAACCAGGACUUGGUUUUCCACAACAUCCGGGAACCCGCCUGCUUUUAUAUCAUACAUGUAACAUGAAGCGCUUUUCAAUCACUGCAAACACUAGGGCGUCGACCACGUUCCAUUCAGUACGACGUGACAAAAUUGUUUAUUUUCUUUAAAUAGUCCGUGAGGCGUUUCCCUGUAAGAAUACGCGAUCGCGAUGUCAACAUCAUGUGCGGUUUGGCGCGCGGAUGUUCUAAAGAUCUGCGAGGCGUGCGUCGCCUUCUGAUGACGCCAGCGACGCAUCAGUAAUGGCUCUCAUGCGAAAAGCAGUCACCUGAGCGAGAGAGGAAGAUUAUAGGCGAAGGGAGAAAGACAUUCUCCCCCUAUUUGAUCACUUCUUUUCCCCGAUGUAUGUUAGGUUUAUCUCCAGGUUUUUGUCAGCGAUGGCUGGACCGAGGCCUGUGGUGAUGAGCGGACCGUCUGGAGCUGGCAAAAGCACUCUGCUGAAGAAGCUGCUCAAGGAGUUUGAUGGCGUAUUUGGCUUCAGCGUUUCCCAUACGACGCGGAGCCCCCGUCCAGGAGAGGAGGACGGCAAAGAUUAUCAUUACGUUACCAGGGAAGUGAUGCAGGCGGACGUAGCUAAGGGUGAAUUUCUCGAAAAUGCUGAAUUUUCAGGGAACAUGUAUGGAACAAGUAAAGCAGCUGUACAGGCCGUUCAGGCCAAAAAUUUGAUUUGCAUUUUGGACAUUGACAUGCAGGGAGUGAAGAACAUCAAGAGAACCGAUCUCAACCCCAUCUAUGUGUCCAUCCAGCCUCCGUCAAUGGAAACCCUGGAAAAACGCUUAAGGGAUAGAAAAACGGAAUCUGAGGAAAGUCUACAGAAACGUUUACAUGCAGCCAAAGUUGACAUGGAAAUAAGUAAAGAGCCAGGUUUAUCUGAUGUGCUGAUUAUCAAUGAUGACCUUGACUUAGCGUAUGGGAAAUUAAAAGAUGCUCUUCUUGAGGAAAUCCAGAAGGUCAGAGACACCAACAAUUCGUAGACGAGAGCACACCUGCUAACCACAGCGACCUUCAAACCUUCAAACCUCAACAUUCCACCCAGGAAAGACUUUCUGAGGUUCAGUCGAUACUCCCAACACCGCUGAACGUCAAACAUUUAUACAUUACUAUACGGUGCAGGCUAAUAUUAUAUAUUCUGAGUUUAUUUCAUGACCACGUAUGUUACGUAAUUCCUGGGCUAAAGGUCAGAAACAUGAAGAUUCAACCAAGAAACACUCCGAAAGAGUUUGUUUUGAUUUUUGAACAAUGGAAGAGACAUGAUACAGAUUGUAGAUUUUAUAUAUCUAUCUAGCACGUUCACUAAUUUAUUGGGGGUUUUUUCUAUGCUGAUAUUUUAUUAUAACUCACUCUUUGCUGUUGCAAACACAACGCAGCUUUCCAUUCGCAACAUUUUAACAUUCAGAGCUAUUAUCUGCACCUACGUGUUGCACCUGCUUUCACUCAGAUAUAAUUGCAUCUGAACGUCUGACAAGUCGAGGAAAGCCUGGUUUCUUAACUAAUACCUAAAUCUUAAAUGAUGGAAAUGGUUGCGUCUCAUCAUGUUCCGCGUACACAUUACAUGCACAUUACUCAGAAUCAGAUUACGCUUUUGUAAAUAAGGAUAUUUCACUUUAAUAUGUUUACCAGCUUUGAAAGUUUUAUAGAGUUCAAAGCCGAUGCAGGCUUUGUUUCAGACUCUGUUUUUAGCGCAAGGCAGCUUAUAAACACAGCCACAAGUCUCUUAGUAGGUUUAGGAGACAUUAUUGAUGCUUUUAGUCUUACACAGCUGAUCUUUAGUAGAUCGUUCCAGCAGUUCUGAUCUAUUCCUGUUAAUAUUAAAUGUGACCAUCAAAUAAUACGGAUACCAAAAUAAUACAUCAUUUUAAACUGAAAUGAUAGAUUACAUGCACAGUUCAUUUUACCUAAAUUACACCAUUAUGUUUGUUAGCGUUUGAAACAUUGAAACAUUGAACAAUUUUUGUUCAACAAAACAAAAUACUCAAAAAUGUGAAAUCAUGCGCUAAAUGGUGGUUUCAGUCCACCUGGUAUAAUGUAUAACAAUAGUUUUACAUGUAUAUAACAUACAACAAUAAUAACAAAAGCAAGAGUUUUAAAAUGGGCUCUUGUGUUUUUCUAUUGAGCACACACACACACACGUUUAUAUUUGUUUCUCCCAACCUUCAAAGUACUGUAUGUUACUCAUUGUCCAUUGAGUGUGAAAAAGAUGUAAUAUAAUAACUUGUGAUGUACAGACCUACAAAUGAAACAUGAAGUUUAUCAAAAUGGAACAACGGUUUUCCUAAAAUGGCACAAUU